CACUUGAAUAUUGUGAAAAUUAAUUUUAUAAAAAAUACGCAUUCUCGGAUAAUCAACCAUGUCCGUCUCACCCUAUCUUUCUGCAAUUUCAGUCGCUUGAGUCCCAACUCUCCACUGCCAAAAACCCAUCUCCACUUGGCCUCUGUUUCCCAAACCCUCCGCACAACCUCACCUAACAAUGGCCACAAUCUCCUCCAUUCUGUCGCCCAAUCUGCUCCAACCCCACCCCACGAAGCACCUCGCGACCCAACAACCACAGCCCGUGAAACUCUCUCUCCCAACCCUCAAAUCCCAUCCUCACCCUCAAAUUUCUACUCAAUUCUCUGUUUUGCAUCUGGGUUCGAACGCUAAAGGACUCAGAAGGGUUGCAGCCGUCGCGGAAGAGACGACGUCGGUGACGGCGGAGGCGGAGCGGAGGUUGUACGUCGGGAACAUACCGAGGAAGCUCGGUAACGAUGAGCUCCGCCAGAUAGUCGAAGAGCAUGGUGCUGUGGAGAAGGCCGAGGUCAUGUAUGAUAAGUACUCUGGAAGGAGCCGUCGAUUUGCGUUUGUCACGAUGAAGACUGUUGAGGAUGCAAAUGCUGCUGUUGAAAAGCUAAACGGCACUCAAAUAGAAGGUCGUGAAAUCAAAGUAAACGUGACAGAAAAACCUUUGUCAUCACUGGAUUUGCCAAGUCUCCAGACGGAGGAAUCUCAAUUCAUUGACAGCCCCCACAAAGUUUAUGUUGGCAAUCUUGCAAAAACAGUAACAACAGAGAUGCUCAAAAAUUUAUUUGCUGAGAAGGGGAAGGUUCUCAGUGCAAGGCUAUCUCGAGCUCCAGGUACCUCGAAAUCCAGAGGGUUUGGGUUUGUAUCAUUUUCAUCGGAAGAGGAUGUAGAAGCUGCUAUCUCAUCCUUAAAUAAUGCCUUGCUUGAAGGGCAGAAAAUUCGUGUGAACAAAGCUUAGUUGGAAGAAACUUGGUACGAAUGGUGCAUAGCAUAAUUGGGAGAGUGAUUUCCUCUUGUAAUGUUGUAUUAAGGAUUUCGAUGUUGUUUUUGAGAGUCGAAUAGCAAGAGUUACGUUUUUUUUUUUUUUUGGUUAACUAGCAAGAGUUAUGUUAUUUGCAGAACAUCCAAUUAUCUAACCUGAAAAAGGAAAAUUAUUGGAAA